AUGGACUGGUUAUCCACUAACUCUGUAUACAUCGAUUGUAAAGAAAAGGCUAUCUUCAUCCCUGCUGAGGAGACUACUCCAAUUGAUGAUAUUGGUAACUUAAUCGAAGGGUUAAGAGAAUUGAAGAGCCAAUUAGAAGAAUUGUUUGUGAAACACUUUGUUGGGUCUAGUGUUUCUCUAUCGGGAGCUCAUGUUUUGUUGGUUAAGAAGAAGGAUGGUAGUAUGCGCUUAUGCAUCGACUAUCACCAGUUGAAUAAGGUCAAGAUACCAUCAAAUUUGAGUAAAGAUCUUGGAUGUGCCAAAGUCCUCUUUCAGGACACGGUAUGGUCAUUAUGA